CUGACAAAUUAUUAUUUACUUGCAGAUUUUAAACUAAACAUAAAUAAUUUCAUUUUAUCGUAUACAGUAUUAUGUGAACCUGGCUAUUAUCACAACUCAGUAUCAAAGAGAUGUGAACUUUGUCCUCGAGGUCAUUAUCAAUUUCGAUCUGGUCGGCCACGAUGCCAAAAAUGCCCAGAUGGAUAUACUACAAUAAAAAGCGGAUCUCAUCAUUCUGUGGACUGUAUUGUAGAAUGCAAAGCUGGUUAUUUUCUAAAUGAAUUAACAAGCCGUUGCGAAUCAUGCGGUUAUUUGGCUUAUCAGCCAAAUCCAGGCUCUACAACUUGUCUACCAUGUCCUAAAAAUACCGUAACUACCGUGAUCAAUGCUACUUCAAUUGAUCAAUGUAUUGGAAAUUGUCCAGCAGGAGAAGAACAUUCUCGAGAUGGAAGCUGCGUACCCUGUCCACGUGGAUUUUUUAAGGAAAUCAAUGAUGUGUUAUGUCGUCCGUGUGAUCCAGCGUUUAUUACAGAAUCCAUUGGAUCAACUAGCGAAAAAUCAUGCGUAUUACCUAGUUGUGAGCAAGGACACUACUUAAAUCCUUACAUCAAGCAAUGCGUGAACUGCAGUUAUGGUUAUUACCAGGACGAAAUUGGUGCUAAUUCUUGUAAGCCGUGUCCAGCUGGUACUACUACCAGAAUUGCUGGUGCCACAUCUAUUGAAACUUGUGUUUCUACGAAUCAAUGUGCUAAUGGUGAACACAAAUGUCAUUGGUUAGCAGCAUGUAUUGAUCUCCCCGAUCAAGAAAACAGUCCAUCGUACAGUUGUCGGUGUCAACCGGGAUUUGUUGGGAACGGAUUUAUUUGUACAGAUAUUUGCCUGAAUUUAUGCUACAAUAAUGCUAAAUGUUUAAAAACCGCACGUGGAGAGCCACGUUGUAUCUGUCAGCCAGGAUAUAGAGGAUUACGAUGCGAAAUCAAAAAGUGA